UAGAAAUAAUUUUAAAAAAUCAAAAUAUUGUUUAUGUUUCUAAUUAAUCACCGGAGUAAGAAUGUCUGCAGGAACAACAUGUCCAGUGGAUUUAUCACCAGGAACGGAGUCAACAAGAUUUAACCCUGUGAUAGAAAAGUAUGAACUCGCACUGCUGAUGUUACUUGGGUUUGCAGGCUUCUCUGCUCUUAUAGGAAUUGCGUACAACAGCAUCCGACGUUAUGUGUUCAAAGAUUUUCACAGUCUUGAUGUUAUUUUUGACGCCGGUGGGCGUGUGAGCUUGAGCCUCACUGCGGUGACCGUGACGUCACAGCUUUUAUGGCCUGCGGAUUUUCUACAAAGUCCCACAAUGGCAAGCAAGGUUGGCAUAUCAGGGUCGUUGUAUUACACGUUAGCAAUUGUACUGUCAGUGCUUGUUUUUGCCGUGCUCUGUAUACAGCUAAAAACCCGUGCUCCAGGCGCCAAAACAUUUCCGCAAAUCGCAUACGCCCGUUUUGGUAAAAACACACAUAUUUUGUUUUGUGUUGUUGCUCUCUUUACAAAUAUGGUAAUCGUUGCUAAUCUUAUUCUGGCAGGUAAAGCUGCCAUUGAAGUACUCAGCAAGGAUUCUUCGAACGAGUUUACUCUAAUGAUUCUGGCCGUGCUAUUCGGUUCAUACUGCAUGAUUGGAGGUCUUGGAACUACUUUUUACAUUUCCUAUUUCAACACCGCAUUGAUCUUUAUUACAACGUCACUUUUCAUCCUGAAAUUCACAUACUUGGUUGAACCGGAGGUAGAAGAAGUGACAUCACAUAAAGCUCUUCAUACUGCAAUGUCAUGCUUAAAAGGGCCUGAUGGGAAUUACGAGAAUUCCUUCCUUACUUUUCGAAGCGAAUCCGGAAUAAUUUACGGCAUCGUGACAUUAUUCAUGACCAUCGCAAUUGUUUUCUGUGACCAAGCCAACUGGCAGAGCCGUAUUGCAGCGAAACCUCGUGAAGGAAUGUUAGGGUUCCUGAUAGCAGCGUUUCUAUGGUACGCCAUUCCGACGUCAAUUUCAUUCGUGUCAUCGAUGACGUAUAAGACCAUGAGUUUCAAGAAUGGAACAAACCUUCUGACUGAUGAAGAAAUUGACGAAGGUUAUAUUACACCUUUUGUCGUACAAUCGUUGCUAGGCAAGGAAGGGUGCUUUGUUCUGCUCACUUUAAUGACUAUGACGUUAAUGUCGACUGGUUCUGGUGAAGUAAUGUCAGUGUCGUCUGUUUUAGUCUACGAUAUCAUUAAAACACACAUAGAUCCAUUCAGGCCUGGUGCUCAGCCAACAGACUGUGUUCUUUGUGGUAAAUCAAAGAUACCUAUUGCGAUGGAUGAUGUACCGAGAGACCCUUUCCCAUUGGCCAUCGUGGUGAUUUAG